AACAACCUCUCUCCUACCAAGCCUCGUCUUACACUCAACAAAUCGUCCUCUCUCUUGCGCUGCCGUGUCAGACCCCAAAAGUGUCACAAAACCCAAGAAACAUACGACCUCCCCUUUCCCCUUCUCUCUGUCUCAGUCAGUCUCUUCACAACCUCAACAGAAACACAUCGAUGAUCUUCGUCUCUCUCCUGUCCUAACAUUAACCCGAUCCAUUACCAAUAAUUAAUCAAGCUACCUACCUGCUAUAACAUAAUUUAUUAACAUAUGUAUGGCGUCCCCUCGCACUGUAGAAGAGAUCUUCAAAGAUUACAACGCCCGUCGCUCUGCCCUCGUUCGCGCUCUCACUAUUGAGGCUGAUGAAGUCUACCUUCAAUGCGAUCCAGAAAAAGAGAAUUUGUGUCUGUAUGGACAUCCAAACGAGUCCUGGGAAGUGACUCUGCCAGCAGAGGAAGUUCCGCCAGAGCUCCCUGAGCCGGCGUUGGGCAUUAAUUUUGCCAGAGAUGGAAUGACGCGUAAAGACUGGCUUUCUCUUGUUGCUGUGCACAGUGACAGUUGGUUGCUUUCAGUGGGAUUCUACUUUGGUGCACGACUUAAUCGCAACGAAAGGAAGCGCCUGUUUAGCAUGGUAAAUGAUCUGCCCACCCUCUUUGAAAUUGUGACUGGGAGGAAACCAGUAGAAGAUAAGCCUAGUGCUGACGGUGGUAGCAAAUCCAGGAAUAACACAAAGAGAUCAACUGAUGGACAGGCAAGAAGCAAUUCCAAGUUAAGUUACGUGGAGGAUGAAGAUGAGCAUGGGGACACCCUUUGCGGGAGCUGUGGAGGGAACUACAAUGCUGAUGAGUUUUGGAUUGGUUGUGACAUUUGUGAACGAUGGUACCAUGGAAAGUGUGUGAAGAUAACACCAGCAAAAGCUGAAAGCAUCAAGCAGUACAAAUGCCCUUCUUGCAGCACAAAGAAAUCUAGGCACUAACAAACAGUCAAACUUGUGGCUCUUUCGGAAGAAAUAUUCCUAGGACAGCCACAGGUGGGUGCAGUUGUAGAUCCUAGAUAUAUAUGUGAAUGUGUGAUUUGCAUUUACAACUAGGAUUUUGGACUGCAUGUAGACGUGGCUAUGCCUCUCACAGCCCAUUUUUGCAACUUGGCUGGGAAAUUUUGGAGUACAGAUGUUAAAAUCUAGAGAUAUAUUUUCAUUCUUUCUGGUUGGUAGAAUAUUUUCCUACAGAGUUAGCUGUUUCUAACACGACUCGAAGGAGUUGGAAGUUUUAUUUUUGCGUAGGCAAAACUGCGUAUGUUAACAUGA